AUGGCAGCAGUGCAUGCAUUUGGCACCCUGUUGCUUGUUCUUUCCUCUCUGUUGAGCAUUGUAAUUGUAUCCUCUGAUAUCAAUUUUGUACAAAAUGGAUUUCUAGCAGCAGGCUUGAAACUUGAUGGAUCUUCUUAUCUGGGGCCUAACGGUAUACUUACCUUGACCAACGAUUCCUCAAGGAUCCUUGGCCAUGCAUUCUAUCCAUCUCCUUUACCAUUCAAAUCUAGCAGAAACAAAUCCUUUGUUGCAACCUUUAGCACUUCCUUUGUGUUCUCCAUCAUUCCCAAAUACCCUGAACUUGGUGGACAUGGUCUUGCUUUCGUCCUAAUAUCGACAAGAGCACCGAAAGGUUGCCUUUUAAACCAAUAUUUAGGCCUCCCAAAUGAGACAAGUAAUCAAGAAUUCUCUACCAGGUUCGUAGCUAUAGAGUUUGAUGGGAUACAAAACCUUGAACUACAGGACAUUGAUGACAAUCAUGUGGGAAUCGAUAUCUCCAGCCUCAUCUCUGUGGUAUCUGAGUCAGCAGCAUACUAUGGAAAUGGCCAAGAUCUCAGCAAGAACAUUCCAAUUAAUCUCAAGAGUGGAGACCCCAUUCAAGCAUGGGUUGAUUACAAUGAAGAGAAGAAGUUGAUGAAUGUUACAAUCUCUCCUUUUGGCAUGCCAAAGCCAUAUUUCCCUCUGAUAUCUUUUCCUUUAGACCUAUCUUUGGUGUUUAAUGACUACAUGUAUGCAGGAUUUUCUGCGUCCAAUGGUUUAUUGAUAGCUGAGCAUAAUAUACAUGGUUGGAGCUUCACCAUUGGAGGAGAAAUGCAAGAGCUAAAUAAAUCAACUCUUCCACUCAUUCGAUCAACUACUAUCAUCCUGCGCGGAUUAAGAAAUAAGGACGAGAUCUUAGAAGACUGGGAACUCAAAUAUGGAGCUUAUAGAUUUGGAUACUCUGAGCUCUAUUCAGCUACAGGAAGGUUUGGUGAGAAAAACCUUAUUGGGUGUGGAGGAUUUGGGAGAGUAUACAGAGGAGUAUUACCAACAGGACUUGAAGUAGCUGUGAAGCGAGUCACUCCUAAUUCAAGGCAGGGAAUGAGAGAAUUUGUUGCAGAAAUAACAAGCAUGGGGAAUCUAAGGCAUAGAAAUCUGGUGCAGUUACAUGGGUGGUGCAGGAAGCAGGAUGAACUCCUCCUUGUUUAUGACUAUGUCCCAAAUGGAAGCCUAGAUGCGCUUUUAUUUGAGAAUGAUCAUCAAAAGAAGAAGUUACUAACUUGGGACCAGAGAUACAAGAUCGUUACUGGUGUUGCACAAGGGCUGCUAUACCUCCAUGAAGAAUGUCCACUGCAGGUGGUUCACAGAGAUGUAAAGCCAAGCAAUGUCUUGAUAGAUGCAGAUCUGCAACCAAGGCUUGGUGAUUUUGGCUUAGCAAGGUGUCAGGAGCACGGAAUCAAUCCGAAGACAACACAUGUAGUAGGAACACUAGGAUACAUUGCACCUGAACUCUCCAAGACUGGGAAAGCAACAAGAAGCACGGAUGUAUAUGGGUAUGGUGUACUCAUUUUGGAAGUAGCUUGUGGAAGAAGGCCAAUAGAGCCCCAGAAGACUCCCAGGGAGCUGGUAUUAGUGGACUGGGUGAGUGAACUACACUGCCAAGGGGAGAUCGGCAGAGCAGUUGACCCAAGUUUAGAUGAGUAUGACAAAGAUGAAGCUGAUCUUGUGCUUAGGCUUGGAUUGCUUUGUUGUCAUCCCAUACCUGAUUAUAGGCCUAAUAUGAGAAGAAUUGUCCAGUUCCUUCUUAAAGAAACCACCCUUCCUCCAGUUCUUCCUGACAUUUGUUGUGCCUGGGAACCUCCUAGAGCAAUGAAGGAAUAUGAGCAAAAUAUUCGAGAUGAUUCUGACCCUUCAAGCUCUGGAGUGUUCUCAUCAAACUAUUUUAGUCAUACAAGCUUUGACAAGUGACAAGGUGGUCACUAAUAUUAAAGCCACAAGAUAGAUGUUUUCGUAAUGCAUAUUAUAGAACCAAUUUCACAGGGCUAAACAUUGUAAUCUUAUCAAGGAAAUCGGUUCCAUGAUUAUGUAAUCCAUUUGUCUUCUGUUAAAGGAAUUGAUUCACUCUCCGCUAUAUGCUAUGUCCAUUAGACAUAUUUUCAGCCAUCUAGUCUAAAUAUUUUGCAACCUAGUUUGGGGCUGAAAUUAUGAGUCAAAAGCAUACAUGUGAUGAUUAUUCAUUGAAUUGAAUAUAUACUGAUCCAGCAUUAUAUGCCUCUGUUCACACACGCACAAACAACAUAUA